AGGAGUGGGAGAGACACAUUUGUUACCAUUGUAUACCCUAUUGUGCCUUUUGAUUUUUGUAACUUGUGGUUGUAUUACCAUUUAAAGCUUAAUUUUAAAAAUAACUGAGGACAAAUGGAAUGUUAGUGGCAUUCAUAGGCCCUCAGCAUUAGAUGAUUUGUAGGGUGUGAAUAUAUCACAUGUGUCUGAGUUUUAAAAAUGAAUGGUAAUAUAGCACACUUUGGGAAGUAGCCUGAAAAUUAGUUGGUAGUCUUGAGGUGUAAUAUAUUUUUGUGGUAACAUAUGAGCCCAGCUCCUUGUGUCACAUAUACAUUGUCUUUUGUUCUUUCUGUGCAGAGGAUACAUGGUGAUGGGUGAUUCUUUCAAUACUUCCUUAUUCAAACAAACUUUUCAAAGAGUCUUUACCAAAGAUAUGCAUGGACAGUUUAAAAUGGGCUUUGGUGGUACAUUAGAAAUAAAGACUUCAAGGGAAAUAAAGAUUUCAGGAGCUAUUGGACCCUGUGUGUCUCUUAAUUCUAAAGGACCCUGUGUGUCUGAAAAUGAGAUUGGAACAGGUGGCACUUGCCAAUGGAAGAUAUGUGGACUCAGUCCCACUUCAACCUUAGCCAUAUAUUUUGAGGUUGUUAAUCAGCAUAAUGCUCCAAUUCCUCAAGGAGGACGUGGUGCAAUCCAAUUUGUGACCCAGUAUCAGCAUUCAAGUGGCCAGAGACGCAUCAGAGUGACCACCAUUGCUAGGAACUGGGCAGAUGCUCAAACUCAAAUCCAAAACAUUGCUGCAUCUUUUGACCAGGAGGCCGCUGCCAUUCUUAUGGCCCGGCUGGCAAUAUAUAGAGCAGAAACAGAAGAAGGGCCAGAUGUGCUUAGAUGGCUGGACAGACAGCUCAUUCGACUGUGUCAGAAAUUUGGAGAAUAUCACAAAGAUGAUCCAAGUUCCUUCAGAUUUUCAGAAACUUUUUCCCUUUACCCACAGUUUAUGUUUCAUUUAAGAAGAUCUCCUUUCUUGCAAGUAUUUAACAAUAGUCCUGAUGAGAGUUCGUAUUAUCGUCAUCAUUUUAUGCGUCAAGAUCUGACACAGUCUCUAAUCAUGAUUCAGCCUAUUUUGUAUGCGUAUUCUUUUAGUGGACCACCAGAGCCAGUUCUUCUUGAUAGCAGCAGCAUUCUGGCAGACCGUAUUCUUCUCAUGGAUACAUUCUUCCAGAUCUUGAUUUAUCAUGGUGAGACUAUAGCACAGUGGCGGAAGUCAGGAUACCAGGACAUGCCAGAAUAUGAAAAUUUCCGCCAUCUCCUGCAAGCCCCAGUGGAUGAUGCACAGGAGAUUCUUCACUCCAGGUUUCCAAUGCCGAGAUACAUCGACACUGAACAUGGAGGCAGCCAGGCUCGUUCCUCCUUUCAAAAGUCAACCCUUCACAGACUCAUAAUAAUAUGUAUGCCUGGGGCAGGAGUCUGGAGCACCUAUUCUCACCGAUGAUGUUAGUUUACAAGUGUUUAUGGAUCAUUUGAAGAAACUUGCUGUGUCAAGUGCUGCUUGACAUGAUAAAUUUGUUAAAACACUGAAGAUGAAAUAAUACUUCAAUUUUGUUUUUUUCUUUUUCAGUUUAUCUGUGUAAACCAACAGAAAUACCUUUCUAGACUUUUUGUACCAGUGUGGUUUAAGACAAUGUAUGGAAAAAUGUUCACCUUUGUAGAUUAAGCUGGAAUAUAAUGAGAGCAGUGAGAACAAAUUUGUUUUGCAAGCACAGUAUUAUAACUGGUAUACAGAUUUGAGGUCUUUAUAACUUAAUUAUGUUUAAGAGCAAAAAUAGAGUCUGCCACAGAUAUAACUUACUUGUAUAUUGCAGACAAAUCCAAAGUGGCACUGAAUGUCCUUGCUGACCUUUUAAAAACUUAUUUUAGCCAGAAAGGAACAAAUCAAUAGUAAUGAUAAAUGUGAACAUUUUUGCUUAUUCAUUGAAAGUUUUUCUAUGAUUUUUCAAGCACUUACAUGUGUACACUUUUUCUGUACUUAUUCUGGUAAGGCAGGUUUAAUUUUUGACUUGUUUAGGAAUUAUCAGACUUUAUAAUGGCAGUUUCAUGAAGGUAAUUUAAUACUUUUGGUUUUUUGGAAAAAUUGUAUAGAGAUGAAAAAUUUGGAGGGGCUAGGUAACAACCCCACAACUGACAAUAAAUGUGAAAUUCCACAGAGUACCCAGCUCAUGUGAUUUAACCACAGUAAAUUUUUUUUUUGUUUUAAAAAAAGAGAGAUAGAAAAGAAAGCAUUUUGUCAGAGUGAGUGGAAGAAAUCCUUUGCAGCAAAAUGAGUGUUGAAACUACUAACCCAAUUUUGGUGUUUAUUACAUCAUUUUGUUGUUUCCCUUUUUAUUUAGAUGAAUUUUAUAUCCUUCAGUACUUUAGCAUUAUUUUGGGAGUUUACACAUUAGUUUUUGUUUCUGCUUCCUUUUUGUGAAAUUUAUGAAGUUGUGGUUCUUACUGAAACAGUAUUAUAUAAUGUUUAAUUAUGUCAUGUAAUACUCAGUUCUGUUUUGAUUUAUUCAUUGGUAUCAUUUACAUUUAUCUUUUAAAGUUUACUUGUAGCAAAUAUGUUUACAUUGCUAAAGCCAGAUAAGUUUCCAUGAUGAAAUUUACAUAUUAAGUACUACAAGUGAAAGUGGUGCUCUGAUAGAUGCUUGAAAGACAGUUUUGAUGAUUGUACUUGCAUGAACACAAUCACAUGAAGGUGAGACAGAAACCUAUAUAAUUGUUUAUAUGUUAUAUCAACUGUCUUAAAUAAAUUGCUUUGUUCUAUAUUAUUUGAAUUGAACUGUGCUGGGCCAAAAUGCCAAUAAAAUGUACUUUUCUCUGUU